GGUAGCCCCUAAUUCCGACGAGGUUUGGUUGCCUUGCCUCCAGCAGCGUCUUGCUGGCAUCGAGGAUCGCUCUGGACGACGUCAGGACGACAAAGCGAUGGCCGCUUGCGGCACAGGCGACACACGAAGCCUUCGCCUCGGCUGGGGCUGACUUGGGGGCUGCUCACCGGUUGUGAGCCUGUUAAAAUUUAGGUUUAUGCUUUCAGUUUUGUUUGUUUGGUGUGGUGGUAUUCUGUGGCCAUCGUUCCGACAGCGAUCGCAGCGUCAGAAGCACUACGAAGAUAUUAACGGCGACGAAAAAAUCGAAGUCAGAAACCAUAAAAACGAAAAAAGAACAACCGAGAGAGUGUAUGCCAUGCAAUAAUAGUGUGCUGUGCGUGCAAAUGUUACCAAUCACCGCCACGAGGCAUCAUAAAGGAUAUAAGCAGUUUGUAGGUGAAGUAAGUGAAUCCCGAAUCUGUGAUUGUCGUUGGAAAAUGUGUAGCACCAAUAUCUCUCCUAUGCAUAUAGAGAAGUGAUGUGACCCGCUAAUACAACACCACGGUCUGCUAUAGUACAGACAACUCAGACUCAAUGUAGAGCUGUAGUCGCCGAAUUACCCUUUCAUAAGAAUUAAUUGCAAGAAUCGUGUGGCCCCUGAGGGGACUGGCAAGUCAUAUCAAGUAAGAUACAGACAGUUGUAUAUACGUUGUUUGUCGAAAAACAACAAAACGCAUAAGAUAAACAAAAUGCUGGUUCCGCAAGAUAUGACUGGGGCCCAAUCGCGACUCCUGUACCAGCUGAACAAGUUCUACGCGGAUCGAGUUCAGUCCCGGAAAAUCGGCAUCGCGAAAACUCUGCGCGAAGUGUGCCGAGUUGUGCAAGAUGUUCUAAAAGAGGUCGAGGUACAGGAACCCCGGUUUGUAAGCUCGCUUACCGAAACAGGACACGGCCGCUAUGAAGGGAUCGAUGUUAUUUCACCCACGGAGUUCGAAGUUAUCCUCUACCUGAACCAAAUGGGGGUGUUCAACUUCGUGGACGACGGGUCGCUCCCUGGGUGCGCCGUUCUCAAGUUGUCCGACGGUCGGAAGCGAUCCAUGUCACUAUGGGUCGAGUUCAUCACAGCGUCGGGUUAUUUAUCCGCGCGUAAGAUACGCUCCCGUUUUCAGACACUUGUCGCUCAGGCGUGUGACAAGUCAGCGUACCGGGACUGCGUCAAGAUGAUCUCAGACACGACCGAAGUCAAGUUGAGGAUCAGGGAGCGCUACGUCGUCCAGAUUACACCAGCGUUUCGCUGCGCUGGCUUGUGGCCGCGUUCAGCGACGCAUUGGCCCCUACCGCAUGUGCCCUGGCCAGGACCAGCAGUUGUAACCGAGGUGAAGGCUGAGGGCUUCGAUCUCCUCUCGAAAGAGUGCGUCACGCUGCAAGGCAAGCAAUCGUCGAUGGAGGGCGACGCCUGGGUACUGUCGUUCCUCGACGCCGAAAACAGGCUUUUGAACUCUGGGGGCUGCCGGAGACGCUGUCUCAGUCUGCUCAAAACCCUUCGCGAUAGACACCUUGAUCUACCGGGCAACCCCGUAACCUCGUAUCACCUCAAAACCCUGUUACUUUACGAGUGCGAGAAGCACCCUAGAGAUCAGGACUGGGAGGAAACGUGUCUCGGGGACCGCAUCAACGGCAUUCUACUGCAACUGAUUUCGUGCUUGCAAUGCCGACGUUGCCCCCAUUACUUCCUACCGCACCUUGAUUUGUUUAAAGGCAAAUCAACGUCGGCCCUCGAAAGCGCUGCAAAGCGUGCCUGGCGCUUGACCAGAGAACUGCUGACCAAUCCCCGUUCUCUAGAAGAACUAUAAAUAUUUGCGCUGUUUUGUUCUGUUGUGCGAUACGGCAAAAAGGAGUCGUCAAACACUAAAACAUAACAGGCAACUGAUGUUUACCAUCUACACUGCAGUCACGUAUCAAUCAGUUAGUAUUGCUCAUGCAGCAACAGCGGCAGCAGUAUGAUGACGGUCUAGGCUCGAGUAAGGGAAAAACAUUGCUGCUGCUGCUGCUGAUAGGAGGACUGCCCUGUCCUAUGUAAUGCUGGUACGAUAAUCGUCCGACAUGUCACUGUUGCCAGCGUCUGCAACUCCGACCGGUUCAACCCUGAGCUGGUGCGGUAGUCACGCUUUGGUAAGGUCACGUAGCAGCAGCAUUACUGUGUGCUCCCGUGAGGCCGAUAGCGGCGAUGUUCCCAACAGACUCAGCAAAACGAAUCCGCCAGCAAAAAGCUCGUUAGGCCUAGACCGCUGCCUGCGCAGUUUCAAUUCACCAUUCCGUAGUACGAAACUAUUAGGCCUACCGGAUUCCAUGUACGCCCUACGGUGUACUCUCUACGCCACCAGUCGGAGCGAAAAUAGUCUUUGAUGAUGCAAGUCGACAGAAUACCGUUCUAGCACAGAAUAUGGAACGCGGUGGAACCACCGCUAAUUCAGGUGGUCGAAGCUGAAUUUUUCAAUCAGCUAGAAAGAGACAGGGCAUACCAAGCAUUUUUAAUUAAAAAAAUUACACUAUAGCUCGAGAAGAAUCAGCAACACUGGUCCGAGCAAAGCUGGCGGUGAUGAAAGACGGAUCUGUGAUGUUGGAAACCGGCACGUUAGAUACACACUGGAAGUAUGAUGAUACCCUAAUUACCAUAGUGCUAUUCUAGACUGGAAUUAUGCAGGAUCUCGAAAAACAACUUAAACCGAUUUUCUAAUUCGGUUUUUUUCUAAAGGUUUUUCUAAUUCUACUAUUUGUUAACAAACACUUCCCGUGAGUUGAGUAAUAUAAUAAUAAUAAGUGCAACUGAUAGAAACGCAUAUUAAAAGUAGUAAAAUGAUCGCAUAAAAAAUAAUAAAACUUGGAUAAUUUCAAUUUCAAAGAUGACAAAAGGUUGUUCAACCUAAGAUCUUUCAUUGUACUAAACUAGCGGCUACUCUAACAAAUGAUAUAGAAUUAUAAGUAAUAUUUAUUUAAUAAUAAGUAUUUAUUUACACUAUUAUCUAUACGCAUACGUAAUACGGUCUUUGCGUGUCGAGAUAGGUAUGUUGAAAAAAAAACCGAGAAACUUAACGUUGAUGAUACGAAUGGCCAUAGUUGAUUACAAAGGACAUAUAUAUAUACAUAUAUAUAUGUACUUGCUCAAAGGAGGGACACUCCGUUGCGAGCUGCAAACGAAAAUAUCGUUAAAUGUCUUGGAUGACCAAGAGGCUUUUCUCUGAAUUAUCCUUUUCGGGCGAAUCUCACGAAUUCGCCCACACUGAGCCCGCAAUUUUCCCACUAGAAUACUGAAACACUUAUCUCAGUUUGCUUUUAACCAAAAGAUCUGUCAUCUGUUAAACAGGCCCACGUGGUUAAAUACGGUCGAGAUACGGUGGCAUACAUUUACAGGAUAGCUUUCUAAUCAGCGCGAAAAACAAUGAUUCUUUAUCGUUGAGCAACGCUUUGGUUUAAACAGUUAAAGAAAUUGCUGACUCAGUAAGGGACGUUCAUUGAACUAAGUUACUUUAUCUACGAGAGCUUCACUGUUCGUUUUUUAUUAUAAAAAUACACGUAUAAUGUAAUAACGAGCUAUGCGUAUUCGGCUGACUCAUAUAAAAUCGUGUUGCUUUGUUGCCUUCCCAGUUAUUCAGACGCAGACACUGCAAAAUUUGAAACGAAAAUGAAUCUGAUAGGCACCUUGUCAGUUUGAAGUGCGGUGGACAAGAAUAUGAAGAGUAUGUGAUCAUCCAAACAUGAGUGUUGAAGUUCCGAAGCAUCGACAGCCUGAAAGUUAGUAACGCGUGACUUCUUCCGGUAGGCGUACCCGAGAAGAGGCCAAUUCGCGAACUCAUUAUACUGAUGGCUACAGACUUAAUGGAACUCUUCUAAUUUUAUAUUAUUUCCCAUAAGUAAUAACAUCACGUACAUAAUUAUAGUAUAAUAAUGAAGAUAUCACCUUUGGCUGGCACAAUGAGAUGUGGACUUCUAUGCCGUAAUCGAAAUGGUAAACACUCGUUAACAAAUCGUAAAUGAUAAACCUACCGUAUGGUAAAAAGACGUUACACUAGACCUCAAAACUAGCAUGUAUAGAUAUUUGUUCAAGCUGCAGCUCUUAAAUUAAAAAACAAACCAGAUAUCGUGUGGUAGGUGAUCGACAAAAUGUGAUGUCUUUAUAUGCAAAUUUUAAUGGCCACAACCCGAGGUUGGAUUCAGGAGAGCAUUCUGGUGAUGAUCAAUGCUGUGAAGGUCGUUGCUAAUCUCGUCUUAGCCAGGAAGAAAAAAGGACAAAAGCAACUUAUAUUAUUAUGAGGUAUUUCGGCAUGAAAAGAUGCGAGCAAUUAUGUGAGAAUUAUAUGUUAAGAUUUUCGAUAGAGCAAAAAAUUAAUUUGUCACUAUCAUUACUAAAAUUGCGGUUAACUUUAUUAUUAUUAUUAUUUGUUCUAAGAAAAGGGAGCAUGCAGUAGUUUAGGGGGCGAAAGGGUAUGGGCGCGCUUAUUAAAACAACAACAACAACAACAACAACACCAACAACAACACCAACAACAACAACAACAAC